AUCAGCUCGUCAUUCUUCAUUAGAGCUCUGCAAGCUCGGAAAUCUUUGUUUGAGCUAUGUCAACUCGUAAUUCUUUAUUGGAGCCUUAUGAGCUCGUCACUCUUCAUUGGAGCUCUAUGAGCUCGUCGUUCUUCAUCAAAGCUCUCUCAGCUCAUCAUUCUUCAUUUGAGCUUACGAGAUCAUCAUACUUCAUUAGAGCUCUUUCAGCUCAUCAUUCUUCAUUAGAGCUUCUCGUCAUUCUUCAUGAGAGCUAUUUCAGCUCGUCGUUCUUCAUGAGAGCUCUUUCAGCUCGUCAUUCUUCAUUAGAGCUUGUGAGCUCGUCGUUCUUCAUCAGAGCUCUUUCAGCUCGUCAUUCUUUAUUAGAGCUUGUGAGCUCGUCGUUCUUCAUCAGAGCUCUUUCAGCUCGUCAUUCUUUAUUAGAGCUUGUGAGCUCGUCGUUCUUCAUCAGAGCUUCUCGUCGUUCUUCAUUGGAGUUUGUGAGCUCGUUGUUCUUCAUGAGAGCUCUUUCAGCUCGUCAUUCUUCAUUAGAGCUUGUGAGCUCGUUGUUCUUCAUCGGAGCUUGUGAGCUCGUUGUUCUUCAUCGGAGCUUGUGAGCUUGUCGUUCUUCAUUAGAGCUUGUGAGCUCGUCGUUCUUCAUUAGAGCUCUUUUAGCUCGUCAUUCUUCAUGAGAGCUCUUUCAGCUCGUCAUUCUUCAUUAGAGCUUGUGAGCUCGUCGUUCUUCAUCGGAGCUUGUGAGCUCAUCGUUCUUCAUUAGAACUUGUGAGCUUGUCGUUCUUCAUUAGAGCUUGUGAGCUCGUCGUUCUUCAUUAGAGCUUGUGAGCUCGUCGUUCUUCAUUAGAGCUUGUGAGCUCGUCGUUCUUCAUUAGAGCUCUUUCAGCUCAUCAUUCUUCAUGAGAGCUCUUUCAGCUCGUCGUUCUUCAUUAGAGCUUGUGAGCUCGUCGCUCUUCAUCAGAGUUUAUGAGCUCGUUGUUCUUCAUGAGAGCUUGUGAACUCGUCGUUCUUCAUUAGAGCUUUUUCAGCUCGUCAUUUUUCAUGAGAGCUCUUUCAGCUCGUCAUUCUUCAUUAGAGCUUGUGAGCUCGUUGUUCUUCAUCAGAGUUUGUGAGCUCGUUGUUCUUCAUGAGAGCUCUUUCAACUCGUCAUUUUUCAUGGGAGCUUGUGAGCUCAUCGUUCUUCAUCAGAGCUUGUGAGCUCGUCGUUCUUCAUCGGAGCUUGUGAGCUCGUCGUUCUUCAUGAGAGCUCUUUCAGCUCGUCAUUCUUCAUGGGAGCUUUGUGAGCUCAUUAUUCUUCAUCAGAGCUCUGUGAGCUUGUCAUGCUUUGUUAGAGCUUUUGCAGCUCGUCUUUCUUCAUUGGAGCUUUGUGAGCUCAUCAGUCUUCAUCGGAACUCUGUCAGCUCAUCAUUCUUUGUUGGAGCUCUGUCAGCUCGUCAUUCUCUAUUGGAGCUUUAUGAGCUCAUCCAUGCAGGGUCUCAGCUUAUAAUUCUUUUUGAAAAGGCUCACCAAAUAAAGAUUUGGAUCUUGC